AUGUCCUCUGCACCAACUCUUCCGUCUUUGAAACAGUUUUGGAAGCAGACUUUGUUUCUUGCGACUCUUGCGGUCGGCACUGCCGUGUUUGUGAAGUCGAAAGUGACGAUUCGUCGGAAACAGCAGUACAUCAAGGAGACAUCUUCGUUCGACUCGAAGCAAAAGAAACAGAUUGCAGACGUGAAGCCCGGAUUCCCCGAACAGAGCAGCGACCAGGAACUGUACAAACGUAAGAGCGAGUUUGAAGGAGCUGGAAGCAGUUACAUGAGCCGGAAACAGGGCGACAAGCUUGCAUUUUGGGGCAGAAGCCGGGAUUAA